AUGUCUCUCUAUCAAGAAGGGGCUGAAAAUAUCAAGGGAGUGAUGCAGCAGAAUAUGAAGAAGAAAGAAGAAGAGAGGAAGCACGGGCUGGAAGAGUAUGGAUUGUUUGUUUUAAAGCCUGUAGGUGUUGUUGGUUCAAUUGCGCCCCAGAACUUUCUCUUGGCUAUGAUUACUCGAAAGGUUGGUCCUGCAUUCGCAUGUGGUUGUGCGGUAGUCAUAAAACCCUCUAAAAUUAUGCCUCUCACAGCUUUGGCAGUAGCAGAGCCCUCUCUUCAGACUGGAAUACCCCCAGGCAUUGUCAAUAUGGGAAACAUUUCUGAUAUAGGGGAUUCUUUACUUACGAGUAAACAGGUAAGAAAGAUCACAUUCACAUGCUCAAUAACAGUUAGAAAGAAAUUGAUGGCAGGUGCUAUUGGGAGUGUUAAAAGGGUAUCUCUGGAAUUUGGUGGCAAUGCACCCUGCAUAGUUUUUGAUGACGCAAACUUGGAUGUGGCAGUAAAAGGAACCCUUUGCAGCAAAGUACCGUAA